UUAUUCAUCUAGAUAUUCUACCUGUGUUUUUAAGUGUUUUUAAUCGUAUUCGUUUUUUUAACGUGUAUAUUUUUAAUUAAAAAAAAUGUGUUCCAAAAAAUUAUUAUGUUAUGUUACUAUUGGUCUACUAAUUAUGGGAAUCUUUAUGGAUGGUGUCGAAGCGAGACGUAAAAUUUUGAAAGGUCGAAAAACAAUUACGAGACGUUAUUAUUGGGGAACCGUAAUACCAGCAUGGUCCAUAGUACUUUUGAUAGGAAUCAGUAUGUUACUUGCCGGUGGUGGACUUUAUGUAUUAUUACAAAAAUUUGUAGUUGAUAAUGCUGAGAUUGAAGAAAGUCAUUCAUAUCAACCUGCAUUACAAAAUGAAGCUUGAUUUAUAUUAAAUGCACACAACAUUAUUAUUAAUGCUUAUUAUAUCAUUCUUAUACUUCAACAUAAAUCAAAUAUUAAAAUAUUAAAAUAUU